CCAUAUUGGAAAAUACGACCAAUUACAACCAAUUGCAACGAAGAGAAGCAUCCGACCAACAGCUCACGUUUUUCCAGCUUUUUCCGUCCACGGCACUGACGCCACUCAAGGCCACUGACGCCAGCAAGAAGAACAAUAAGCAGAGGAAGGGAGACAACUCGAACGGUCUGAUUUGCUGUUUAAGCUGGUUUCAGCAGAUUUGAGGUGCGUCGUUGCCGUCUCAUGCCGACUUUAAUAUGUUAUUCAACGAUUUGCCGCACAAGGGGUAGCACGACAGAGCCUUCUAAGCCACAAUUCCGUAAUUGAUUAAACAAGAUUCUAAUUCCUUUCCUAUUGGAAUGGAUACCGCAACUCCUACGCCGCAGGAUCUUCAAAGGAAGCUUUACUUUUUGGUUGAACAGCUUCAACACAUGGCCAGCGAGUUACCGCCUAAGUAUCAAAUGCGACUACCCUACGAACUCCUCUCGGGCCUGGCAAACUCCCUUCUGAACGACACUAUUUUCGAGAUAGUCAAAGGUUUGAUGGAGAUCCAACACGUGACGGAAAAGCAUCUUUUCCAACAACGUUUGCAAUUGCAGAAUCAACAGAAGAUUGAGAUUCAAGAGGCUCUGAAUAGAGCCUCUACAGAGCAGGAAAAGAUGAGGGCUAAGAGUGCCCUCCGAAUAAAACACAGAGAUGAAUUAAAGCAAACUGAUAUGAAAUUGGUGUUACAAUUGGAUCAGAAAGUCUCCGACCAACAGGGCAUAUUGGAAAAGGCUGGGGUUCCUGGAUUUUACGUGACAAAUAAUCCAAUGGAAAUUCAAGUCCAAAUGAGACUUUGUGAUUUCAUAAUUCGACUAAGUAAAAUGGAAGUUCCUCGUUAAUCGAUUGGAAGUGCAAAUUUGGAAUUGUUUGUGACAUUUGUACAUUUUUCAUUUAUUAACAGAAUCAAAUACAAUUUUUCAGUAACAAA